CUCAGCCUCCAACCUCCGAGCAAAAAUGGAAGACACAAAUAUCACAUUUAGCUUCCUAUUGUUCUUCUUUCUCCUCGUGGACUCCUCCUCCUUUGUUGUUUCAUUUGAUGGCCCCCUGUAUGAUCCUACUGCUUACACUGAGGGCAGUGUAAGUUGCAGCCGGAGGAGCCUCUGUACGGCGGCGGGAUCAUCGUUGAUCAGUUGGGAACCUCUACAAGCAGUGGAGUUUAUUCACCAUCGUUCGUACUGCACAAUCUCACCCAGGGCACCAUUUACUGUUUCUCCAGUUGGGUUUCUCAACUUUUUAUCCUUCUCGUUAAUUAACUAUUUAUUUCUCGGAAAUUUAGGGUAAAAAAUUGGUGGAGAAACGAAAAAAAGAUUCCGUUGCCGGGACUUGAACCCGGGUCUCUCGGGUGAGAGCCGAGUAUCCUGACCAACUAGACUACAACGGAUUGCUGCUAUGUUUGUCUUGUUCAACAUAUUUCUAAUAUAAUAGAUGAGCCAUGAGCAUACUGGGCUAAGCUUAGCUAGGCAUUAUGUCUAAACAAAUUACCCAGAAAGACCAAAGCCCAGCCCAGCCCAGCCUAUUGUGUCUAAAAAACUACCAAAGCAAGCAUAAGCGUUAUAGGAAUAAAACUUAGGUAACCCUGAUUCUUGAACUUGCAUAAACCAGUGUCGAAGGCUUGAGGUCAUUUGUAGAUUGCUUAAUAUCUUUUGCAUAAGGAAAACAAAAUCACUCAUGUACGCGUGACUGCACUGCACUAAUUAGAGACUUACAACUUUAGCCACUUGUGGAUAUGACAUUGGGCUCAUAUGGUUUGUGCUUAAUCUAACAGGUUGGGUCAAGAUAGAGGGUACAGGCUCAGGUCUCAUAAGGGCAAGCCUAAGGACAGAAAAUGAAAUAUAUAACUGUGUAGGAACUGUUUUGGCUAAGGAUAGAUGCUGGUCAUUUCUCAAGGGUGGCUUUGUCCUAAACUCGCCAUCCCAAUUAUCCAUCCUAUUCUUUCAGAAUGCAGAUGACAGUGCUGUAAACAUAGAAAUUGCCAGCUCUUCUUUGCAGCCAUUUGGUGUUCAACAAUGGAAUGCAUAUCAGGAAUAUAUGAUCAACACUAAACGGAAGCGUGCCGUGACGGUUCAUGUCUCAGAUAUGCAGGGAAAGAGGCUGCAAGGAGCGGCAAUUGACGUAGAGCAAGUCUCCAAAGAUUUCCCAUUUGGAUCCGCAAUUGCCAAGACCAUUCUAGGCAAUCUGCCCUAUCAGAAUUGGUUCGCAAAACGAUUCAAUGCCGCGGUGUUUGAGAACGAACUCAAGUGGUAUGCAACGGAACCUGAACAGGGCAAAACCAACUACACCGUUCCAGAUCAAAUGCUGCAAUUUGUGCGUGCCAACCGAGUCAUUGCUAGAGGUCACAACAUAUUCUGGGAAGAUCCCAAAUACACGCCGCCAUGGGUUCGAAACCUCACUGGCAGCGAGCUGCAUUUGGCGGUAAACUCCCGAAUCCAAAGCCUAAUGAGCCAAUACAGAGAAGAGUUCGUCCAUUGGGACGUCAGCAAUGAAAUGCUUCACUUUGAUUUCUAUGAGCAGAAGCUUGGCCCCAAUGCCACAUUGCAUUUUUUCGAGACGGCACACAAAUCUGACCCUUUGGCAACCCUUUUCAUGAAUGAUUUUAAUGUGGUCGAGACUUGCAGCGAUGUAAAUUCGACCGUUGAUUCCUACAUUUCAAGGUUGAGGGAGCUGAGGCAUGGUGGAGCAUUGAUGGAUGGGAUUGGACUAGAGGGUCAUUUUACAGUACCAAACCUCCCUCUAAUGAGAGCAAUCCUUGACAAGUUGGCCACAUUAGGCCUUCCAAUUUGGCUCACAGAGGUUGAUAUCAGCAGCACUCUAGACAAAGAAACACAGGCAAUUUAUCUAGAACAAGUUUUACGAGAAGGCUUCUCACAUCCAUCGGUGAAUGGGAUAAUGCUUUGGACUGCAUUGCAUCCUAAUGGGUGCUACCAAAUGUGCCUAACAGACAAUAACCUUCAAAACCUACCUGCUGGUGAUAUGGUGGACAAGCUCUUGAAAGAAUGGCAAACUGGGGAGGUAGAGGGCCAGACAGAUGAGCAUGGAUCAUACAGCUUCUAUGGUUUCUUGGGUGAAUAUAGAGUAAGUAUCAAGUAUGGCAAUAGGACUUCAAGCUCAACAUUCUCACUGUGUCAAGGUGAAGAAACCAGACAUGUUAGCAUUCAAUUGUGAUACAAUUGGAUAUCAUAUUCGAAUGGACCUCGUAAUCCUAAGAAAUAGGUUGUUUAGCUUAGUAAUUCUUUGAUUCUAGUUAGUAAGAGGGAUCUUGAACUAAGAAAUAGAUUCUAGAAGCUAAAAAAGGGUACCGAAAAAUUAACGAUACUUCUUUAUCUUUGAAUUGUUCUACCUGAUCGGUCGCUCAUGACCUUUGGUCUUCACCUCGACCUGAUGAUAAAAUGGGUUAUAAAUUAUGUCUCGCUAGGACAUGUAUUUCUAUUACUAGGAAAUUCAUAAAUGAAGUAGUUAAUGGUGGAGUUACCAUUUGUA